AUCGGCAAGCUAGGAAUGUGCUGUACCCGUGUUGGCUCGAGAUUGAAGCAAUCUAGCAGCGGCACCAACCAUCCCAACGUAGCGCUUGCCCUGGCAGAACCGAUCGCUCAGACACCCGACGAUAUAUCCUCGACAGUCUCAGUGGCUGUAAUGGCGAGGUCCGUGGGUCUCCUUGCGCUGCUGGUCGUCGCGCCCCUGGCGUCGGCGGCGGUCAGCGCUAGGGGCGGCCAGGAGGCGUGCACCGCGGAGGACCUGAGGAACCGCGCCCUGCUCCAGAACAAGCUGGCCGGCGUCUGCGAGUCGAUGUGCCGCGAGGUGGAGGCGUACCCCGCGUGCACGUGCCCGAACUUCGUGGAGCCGGACUCCACCCCAGGCCUUGCUGCCCCGGCACCAGCGUCCCCAGAUCUCGGACAAUAUCAUGACCCCUCAAAACCCGUAGGUUAGGUGCUCUCAGAUUUCGGCCUCCAGAGUUCGUUUCCGAGUGCUGCUGCCAUCAACAAGCGUCUCUCUGGGGCGAAAAUGUCUCACCUGGAACGGGUCGGGACCACUGGGGCCGCGCACUGGACGUAUCUCGACGGUGA